UGAAAUAUUUAUAUACUGUUUUGAAACUGGAUAAUCAUAAUAAAGCCCAAACUAAGAAGCCCAGCCCAGCCCAGUUAACACAGUUUAUUAGUAGACAGAUGUUCUGUAAGAGACGGCGGUGGAAAGGAAGGAAGCGAUGGUGUUCUUCAUGUCGUAUCCGCCGACACGGCGGCAGAUGAUGGCGUCUGUUGGUUUUUUCGCGGCGGGCGUUUCUCUCUUCGCAGCCGGAGCGUAUCUCUCACUCGAAAAUAUAGGACCGCAACAAGCUCGCGUCAAGGCUCGGAACCAAUUCGUUAAAGAUCGGAUCAGGAAAUGGCUCGACGAUUAGAGAUCACAAAAUCCAUUUGGUGCUGAUUCUCGCUGUAAUUUUAGAUUUUGAAGUGAAGGGUUCUUUAAGGGUUUAGGGUUUAAGCGAUCUGAAUCUCCAGUUUAAUGACAAUUCGUGCGUUUAUGUUAUAUAUCAAAAGCUCGUACAUGUUAAAGCUUCGAGCUUUUUUUUUAAAGAAUCAAUCUUGAGAAAACGAGUGAACAUAGAGAAUGUAUGUAGAUCAUUAGUACAUGUUAAAGUCUUUAGAUUCUACCAAUCUGGAAGUUACUUAGUCUCAGACACGAGAUGAGAUGGUCUUUUGAAGAACCCUUGUUUGGUUUAUGACUUAUGAGCUUGUGUUGUGUUUCAUUUAAAUAACCUUUAUAAAGAAAGGUUCUACCUUGGCGUUGACUUUCUCCCUCUUGCCCAGUUUCUUGUUCAAGCUCUCUAACCUUGUCCUGCUAGAAGAUGAGCGGUCUUCUUGAUGAGUCUGAGAAGCUCUUUUGAUGUUGUGAGAGCCUUAACCGUGUUGCUUAUGGCCUUGCAUGUAAUAAACUAAUCAUAACAGAUUCAGUAUCACUAUCUCCUAGUUGCUUAUGGCCUUGCAUGUAAUAAUGUAUGUGUGGAUAUCAAAACAUAGAUCGUAUACUUCCAAAGUCCAAUGGUUAAGCACACAAAUACACUAAUCAGUCAGACCCAAACUCAAGCCUAGUAAAGAACUCUAGACCUAUAUAUGGCAGUGAUCAAUCUCAAACUUCGAACAAUUUUUUCCUUACUAAUUGUGUAUUCAAUUUAUUAAACUAAGAUCGUUAGUUCAACAAGAUGUCGAUGGCUUAAUACUCUCAUGAGUCUAUAUCUAUUAGAAGUUUUAGGUCUUUUCAGUUAUAGAAUAUUUGACAGCAAAACUGCACCAAUAGUUUUUAGAUGCAUAAGUUUAUUGUCUUACCUCAUCAAUUUGCGCUUUAUGUCAUACAAAUAAUAUAAAAAAUCUACUAUGAUGUGUAAUGGCUUUUCGUUUAAACUGAUACGAUCUUCUUUUUUUUCGUUUUAAAUGAAAAUUUUAUUCCUCUUUUCAUUUGUUUUUUCCCUCUUACAAAGACAUCAUUUAACUGAUAUUAUCUUCUUUUGCUUCGAGCAUUGCAUUUUCUUCGCCUUUUUACCAUUUCAUAUUUUCUUAUAAGUAAUUAUAUUUUUCAACAAAAAAAUAAAAAAGACAAAUAUCAUAAAUGAAUCAAUACGAAUGAAGAUAAUCCAAAGCGUGAGGUUGGCUUUCGGAUAAACACAGAUACUGUCUCCGUUUUCUUUGGAAAUUUUGGGAUCAUGGGCGUUGUGGGACCAAUUCCCUCUCAGCCUGCUACUGGCAUAGUGUGGGCCCAAUUUAAAAGCCCACUCUUAUUUAUUUAUUUAUUUAUUGACUUUCUCACGUGAAAACCACAUUUUUUCUAAUUUAGUGAAUUAAAAAAGGCAACCUCUAUCUAUUCAUUUCAAAGUAUCUGUCUGUUGUCAUAUGUCAGAAAUAUUGUUAAAUAUUUGUUCAUAUGGAUUAUAGUUUUAUUUUCUCAGAAUUUAGGCCACUAAUGAUGUUUCAUGUUUGCUCAAAAAAAAAAUGAUGUUCCAUGUCACUCUCGUUGACGGAGAGGUAUGAGUCCACAAGUCAAAUUUAGACUAUCUCUAAUCCUAAUUGACGGAGAGGUACGAAGCCUCGAUUCUUUGAACUUUUUAUUUACUUUUUUUCUUUAUUAAACAUAUUUUUUUCCGAUGACAAUCUUUAUUAAACAUCAUUUCUCUGACGAAAUUAGUUUGAAUUUUUUUUGUGGCUAAAUGACAUCCGAUAAUAUUUUUAUUAA